AAAGCAGUCGCAAUUCGUCGUCGACGCCUACUGCGAAAACAAACAUGGCGCCGGAGGAGGUGCCAACGUUAAACCUCGAGUGUUGGACCGAAGAGCUCAGCCCGGCACAGAAAGCAGCCUAUGAGAGGGCCGAAAAAGAGCACAAUGAGGUUCGCAACAAGCUGAAAGCGAUCGUACAGGAACACGGUGGCGAAAGUAUCUUUUCCGGCGAAGUAUUCACGGCAUACCAGGUACUGGGACCGGUGCCGGGGUUGGAACAGAUUUCGGAACCGCUUAGCUCGCUCGCAAAAAAGAAGCCACCGGUUCCGUGCGUUCCGGCCGCUACAACACCCCGUGCAACAGUGGCGCCCCAUCGUCACGCAUCGCCAUUGCCGGAUACGCCGACAGUGGGAACUCGACGUCGGAGCCGACGUUCCUACCAGCGCCCUCCAAAUGAGGAGGAAACGAGCGCUCCAACACCACCGACAGUGGAGAUUGGCGACGAGGACGAAGACUACACGCCACUGUCCAAACGCGUGAGGCAACGCGAAAAGCCGGGAACAUCGCGGGACUUGUCCGAAACACGCAAAACUCCGGAAAAACCGCCGGAAACAAAACAGCGGCGCCCAAAAUCGCCCGUUCAAACGGUGUCACCCGCUCCGAACGUGCGCCCGACAGAGUUUACGUCCAUCGGUGGGUUGCGUAUUGGCGCGGAGAAGGAAAAGAAACGUGCCACGGCCGAACCGUCCGCGAUCGUCGACCUAACCACGGAUGAUACGAGCAAUGCGCCGGCGGACUCGCGCGAGAUUUCUUUCAGCAAAAUACAAGGCAAAACGUUCCCAUCGCUGGUGGUUAUCGCCCGGCCGUCGUUACGGGUGGCAGAUAGAACUCCCACCGAUCGGCCAGUUCUCGAUGCCAAGGUUAAGGGCGUGCUAGUGUACCCGUCGGCCAAGUUCACCGAGUGGCUGAUUCAGCAGGGACUGAUCAAAUCUGAUCAGUUGUGCACGGUGCACAGUGGAACCCUGCUGAAGCUGGGCAUGUACUCCGAUGCGUCCAAGUUCGCCUACUCCGGUGGAUACGUAUGGAUCAGCAAUUGCUGCCAGGGUCGGUUCACUUCCGUCUUCAAUGGAUCCAUUUUCGAAGGUUCUCCCCAUGCGCCGACCGUGCUGCUGAAGCUCGUCUACCACUGGGCUUGCCAAACGAGCAUAUCCAAUGUGGUCAACUGGGUAAAGGUGGACAACUUGUACAUGAAGCGACUGUACACAAUGCUGCGCUCCAUCUGCACGUUGGCUUUAUGCCGCCACAUGCCCAAGCUCGGUGGCGAAGCAAAAGCCGUCGAAGUAGGCGUCAUUUCCCUAGGAACGACGACACAGGAUGGACAGCAACGUCAGGUAAAGGUGGAGGUGUUGGGUGUUCUUGAUCGUGAAGCCAACACCAUACGCUUGCGGGCGGUGGAUCCACCGAGCGAUGGGGAUCGAAGCUACAAGAAGCGGUUCGCGAAAAUCCUCGAACCGCUUGAGGCAUGGGUUCACAAGAACAGCACCAUACUGACCGAUCUCACCGUGGACAAGGGGACGCUCCACAGCAUGGGCUACAACAACGUGCAGCAAGUGCCACCGUCCGAGGCGAACGAGAGAAGCAGCAACGCCAACGUGAUGAACUACUUGCGAAGCAUCGUGCCACGAAUGUUCCAAAGCACGCUGUCGCUGCUGUCGCGUCAAAUCAUCCAACAGUUCCUGAACGAGCUCGUGUGGCGCGAACUGUACGGCACCACGCCAUGCACCGCGUUCGAUAACAUUGUUCGCCACAUUGCCGAACAGUCGCGUAUUGAGAACAAGGAAAGCUUGAUGACGCGUUUAAAUAAGGUUGCAGCUGAUCCGUUCCGCCAGUGGGUGAUUGUGCCGGAUCUCGUGUCGAUGCGUCCCCAACCAGUGGCGGGCACUUCGCGCGGCCAACCGACGACGACACCAUCAACAACUCCCGGAAAACGCGGCCGGAAAUCGAAGGAUCGCUCUGCCACCGAAUCGCCGGUCGCUCCGAGCCCUGUGACGACGACACGAAAAGCGACCGCCAGCCCGUCGCUUCCACCGGAACCGCCGAAAAAGAUACUGCUGAAAAAGGCGAAACGGGACGAGGAACACGCUUCCAUGGUGGCCGGAUCCACUGGUGGCGCCAACAGCAAGCCGUCUUCACCGCUGCCUGCAAAGAAGACUCCGCCGGUGGCCGCCAGCAAGCAGCGUGAGGACGAUGUUGUGUUCCUGGAGUCCUACUACUAUGGCUGCACGGGCGUCAACAGCGCGGUGAAGGAGUGUGCCCUACCGCGCAAAGGCUUGCGGUUGGGUUGCCCCGAAUGCCCGGAGCUGUCGUUCGAUAACAAUGUUGAUCUGUUGGAUCACUUCCUGCGCCACGCACACGAACCGCCGGAGGUGCCGGAAGAAGGGGACCUGCUCCAGUGCAGAUAUUGCUUGCAGUACAUGAGCAGCCUGGAAGCACUCACGAAACACAAUUCCGUCGCCCAUCCGCUCGAGACAAAGUGUGCUUUUGGGAAAAUGUUGAAUUGCCUCAUUUGUGAGACCAGUUUCAGUACCGCGUCGGUGCUGGUGGGUCACAUGGCCAAGUGGCACCGUUCGCUCGAAAUGCCGUAUCGGUGCGCUGGGUGCGACUUCCGCAGCUCGUCACGCCGCAUAACGAUCGAUCAUCUCUACGAGCGCCACAAUCGCUCCACGCUGCUCCAGUGUCCGUUCUGUCAAAAGAUGGUAUCGCCGACCCACGCUAAUGGGCCAGAGGCACUCGAGAAGGUUUUACGCGGCUUCCUGCACCACCUGCGCCAGCACUCGAAAAAAACGAUCUCGAAACGGUGCCACAAGUGUGCGCUCAGUUUCCUCAGCAAGGGCGAACACAAGUUUCACAGCAUCUUCGAUCACGUGUCUAGCUCCUGCGAGCCAACCGACGUUCAGGCGUUACCGACGGAUUCGCAAACCAAAAUUCGCCGACCGAAGAAAAAAGCGAUCGUCCUGAAGGAACUGUGCACGUAUCGCGUCGCCAAAGCGUACAGUGCGCUCGAAUUGAAUAUGGAGUGCGGUAGCAUCUGCCUCGAGUGUGGCAACGAUUUUGAUUCGUUCAAUCACAUAAUAGGAUUGCUGCAGUGCGUCAAAUGUGCGUAUCAGUCGGCUUGUUUGCCGUCGGUAGUUAAUCACUCCGUAGCGUGCUCCGCGGCACAAUCGCCGGAAAGCGUUGCGACGCUCUCGACAGAAAUGCACUGCAACUGUGGGUUCUCUUCGAACGACGGCAACGCGCUGGCUCGCCACUUGACUGCGUGCGAACGCGGGACUGUGUUCUCGUCGGUGGAAGCGGCACAAGCGGCCAACUCGUCCAAGCGCAACAUGCUCGACAUGCUCGGACUGGUUCGGCGCGAUGAUGAGCAACCAGCCGACCAAGCCGACCAGCAGCAGCAGGAGCAGGAGCAUGAUCCAGCAGAAGGCCUCGAACAAGACGCCUCCACAACCGCGGCAGACACUAGGGCGGUGGAAGAUGCUGGCCAACCGGCAGCCGCCGGUACAAGCGGGGUUUCUUAUGACCCAUCGCAGUCACUUUACAACAUUGCGGCCACGGGUAGCGAGCAGCAGUUCAAUACGCAGCUCUCGCUGGAUGACCUCGGCCCGUCGUCGGUUCUACCAACCGCAGCGGACACCGACUGCACGCCCCAGCUGAAGGACGAUUACCAGUCGCUGGCAACUCCGCGCGUUCCGGACCAACAGGAUUACUAACCCAUAGUUCGCUAUUUUUCUUUUUCAUAUUUUUUCAUGUGAUGCACAUGACGUGAAUU